AUGGUUCUAGCAUCUUCCCUUCCUCUGAUUUCAAUUUCUCUGGCACCUCCAGACGAACCUGUUAUUGAACCAUUCUCGCCUUUCCCCAAAGUCAGUGUAACUCUAGAUGACGACGACUUCAGGCCACGCCAUCUGACCCCCCCGCCCUCGCACACCAAGUUCAACACUUUCCUGCCUUCGCCUCUUCGGUCUUCAGAAUUAGAUGAAUCCUCAGCGGGGAAAGGCCUUGAACGCGAACGCUUCGAAGCCCUUCUCAAAGCUUCUAGGGAGAGAAACUGUAUGGCUGGAUUGAAGAAAGGAAAUGACCUUCGCAAGGAGAUCGCCCUUAAAGUGCACAAGAACAAGCAAGCCGAGCGUAGAGCUCUCUUCUUGUCGAAAGUGCUCGCCCCUCCAUCCCCGACUGCAACAUCCCUUCCUAAGACUCCCCCAGAUUCUCCAGCCAUCUUUCACUACUCUCUUCCUUCACCAGGUCUCGUAUCGCCACUUGCAUUGUUUGAGUCACUUCAUGAUGCCUCCUCGGGACCUCUCACGUAUGCUCGCGAGCCUUGGAUCGAACAGGUUGACUACCAUCGUCCUUCUCAGUCUCCAGAGCAGGAACGGCCGAUAAACAAUCGCACAAAGGGAAACGUGGAGUGUAUGAAAGCUCUUCCUUCUCUCGACCAGAUCUCUGCUCGCCUAGUUCGACAAACUUGUACCCUGAGUUCCGAAAGCAAACGUGUAUCGCGACUUCCAUCCUUCUUGUCUCAACCUCGUAAUACUCAAGCUGCGGAACAACGACCGCGCUUAUCCGUUGGAGUUGGCCGACUUCAGAUGCCAAUGCAAUCUCCUAAGCCUACUAAGGCUGAACACGCUACGAUUCUUUACCCAAAAUCUCCGUUGUCACCCACCAUGCCGCUCAGGAUUACCACUACAGUAGUACCUCGUUCAUCUUCGCUAUCUCCAACGGACCUAUCAGAAUCCAAUGUCAUGGCGUUGGACAUGCGCGAACGCCAGGCCCAGAACAUGCUCUGUACGCUUAAACGACGCAUGGCGCCCUCGGAGGCCGGUAUCAAUGGACGCGAUACAGUUGAUGUGGAUGAACGCAAGUGGAGGCGUCAUAGUGCUCCUGCGGAAUUGGCGGCUCGUCCUCGUACAGGGUUUGAACAUCCGGUUCUCAAAUUACCUGGAGGUUUCUGAGUCAGAUUCAACUGUGUAUUGUGAACAUUUUUUCCUUCUCGUUUCCUAUGCUUUGACUGUAUUUAUUGACUGAUGUGUUUCACCAUCAGACUGUUAUCAGCGGCAGGAUAAGGACCUAUUCAAUCAUGACAAUGGAACAUGGACACGUAUAUUGGACUGGAACGGCUUUUUUUCUCUUUCGAUUAAUUUCUGUGGAAAGCUAGUUUCUUUCAGCAGAUCCAUUACGCAUACACAUUCGUUAUUUUCGUUGUAAUGGGGCUGAGCCUCGAGGGUACUACACCCAAACAGAUCGCUGUCACAUACAUACAUUAUUUUUAGCAGAUUUUGCCAG